CUGUGGGGGCAGCAGAGCGCGCAGCAUGAACUCUGCCUUUAAUCCCCGUGAAGAAGAAGAAGCUGAAAGCGGAAGUAGUUUUGUCGUGUCCUUGUGAGAGAGACUGAAGCCCGGACUGUAAAGAUGAACAGACAAAUAUUUGCGCUCCAGCAGGUGGCGCGGCGGACCAUCUCCAGCUCCGCCCGCCGGCAGGUGGAGAACAAAGUCCCGCAGAAACAGAAGCACUUUCAGGAGGAUAACGGGAUGCCCAUCCAUUUAAAAGGAGGCGGCAGCGACACCUUGUUGUACAGACUAACGAUGGGUCUCACCGUCAUGGGAGCUGCGUACGCUGUGUUUGAGCUGGUGAAGGUCGCGCUCCCUCAGAAGAAAUAGUAACGUUACAGCCAUUUACCUCCUUAACAGAACGAUCGGCAGCGCUGAUAAUCCUCCGUCUGUGUUUCCUGUUUCAUGUUCAUGGGAUCAAUAUUUAUUUCUGGCGCUCUGAUGACCUGAGGAUCAAUAAAAAAUGCCUCUCAUGACUAAAA